CUGUAUUUUAAAAAAGAGUUUCAAAAUGCAUGAAUACUAUUUUUGUACUUAGUUACUUUUAGCACGUGCUUUAUUUCUUUGUGUGGGUUCCAGUUAUCACUCGGUGCAGCUUAAGGCACUUCUUCAGCAUUUCUUGUAGGGAAGACCCAGAUUAUGAGGGGAACAUUUACUCUAAAAGUGGAAGAGAGACACUCUCCGAGAACCGUCCGAGAACCGUCCAUCAGGUGAACACGAGAGUGAAUUUAUAGGGCAAGUUCAGAGCAUUCAUGGUUCAAUCGCUGGAUUUUCUUGAGGACGGGGACUCUAAGUUCAUCGUUCAGAAUGACGAGGGAAGGAUACAGUGUGACUGACUGUCGAAGGUUUGAAGGGGUACCGAAGAGUUAUGGGCCAGAGAACCGAGGUAAGAAUAGAACGGCGCCCAUCGAGGCAACCCUGCCACCCGACUAGGAAUUCAUUCCACGAUGCUGGGUAUCGUCCCGAGGUUCUUAGAAACAAAUUCUAACCCAGGCUCACGACAGCGCCCCGUGCAGCCAUCCAGCCUAUUCGCCCUCUACGGGGCGCUCUUCAGAGGGAGGCGGAUCCCAGCAGGCCUUGCAGGGUGACUCAGGCGUCAUCUCUGUGACGUGUAACACCCUCGCCGGGUGGGGCUGGCGCGGUGAGGGCGUCCGUUUUACUCUCUGUGAGGAAAGUGAGGCGGUGAGGGAGGAGAGGCUGAGAAGGAGGCCGGGACUGGAAAAGGACUGCGGUAGAACCGACCGGGGACGUGAGGGGUGGGCCUUUACGGGCGGCGGCAGGGGCAGCAUUCCCUGCGAGACGGUUAGUUAUCUAGGCUCGCGGCCGGCAGUUAACUAGGCCGCAGCAGCCAUGGCGGUCGACUUUGGGGACCACGCCAGCGGGUUCCGCCACACCGAGGUGAUCAGGUUCAUCAACGACGAAGUCCUCGUGAACGGCGGUGGGCCGGAUUUCUACGCGGCCUUGCGCUCGCGGCCCUGGGACGAGGUAGAGGAGCGCCUUCGGACGGUCCUGGCCGACCCGCAAGUGCCGCGCGCCAUGAAGAGGGCCUGUGCGUGGAGCGCGCUCGCUUUGAGCGUGCGCGUGGGAGCCAGGCAGCGGGAGCAGCAGGAGCGCCAGGUCUCGCGGCUGCAGAACCAAGUAGACGAGCGCGAGACGACUACCUGGGCCCUGGCCUCCGAGCUGCAGCGGCUGCGCGGGGAGCGCGAGUCGGCGGUCGCACAGCUGCGCUCCACACAGGCCGCCCUGCGGCAGACUCUGGUCGAGUGUGACGUGCUUCGUGGGCGGCUGCUCCAGGUGGGGAGGGCCUCCCGGGUCGUGCCGCUGGCCCGCGAGAGAGGUCCUGGGCCUCCGGCCGAGCCACUUGGGGCCAUAGCAUGGCCCCGGAAUGCAGAUGUGGUGGCCAGGGAGCUGCGCAGCAGGCUGUAUUUUGAGGCCCGGGUGCCGGCCCCGGUGGCUGUCCUUUACGUGCCGGGACCCCCGAGUCCCUGGGCUCAGGCCGUACAGCCCGCUCUGCCAGUGCCCGUGCGGUACUUGCUUCCGUUCCGUGCCCCGUUCCCCGUGGGAUUCCCCGUCUCGCCACCUCUGCCGCCAGUAGUAGUCAUGGAUGCAGAAGCUGCAGUAGUUCCACAUCAGAUGCCUCCUCUGGGGAUCGGGCCACCUGGUCCACGUGCUGCAGUGGGCUACCAAGAGGGGAUGGUCCCACGGUGGGACCAGAGGAGCUGCAGCCAGGCGGAAGGUCCUGCGAUCCUCCAGAGUGCAGUCCCCCUGAGGGACAUCAGAAGCCUUAGCCAAGAAGGUCCGCAGAGGCCUCAGGGGAUGGUUCCUGUCAGAGAUAGCUGGAGCCAGAGCCAGAGCCAGGAAGAAGAUCCAGAGAACACCCAAGAAGUGGUCCCCCUUGGGGAUAGCUGGAGCCACAGCCAGCAAGAAGAUCCAGAGAGAGCCCAGGGGACCGUUCCUAUCGGGGAGAGCAGGAGCCACAACCAGGAGGAAGGUCCAGAGAGGGCCCAGGGGGUGGUUCCUGCUGGGGACAGCCAGAGCCAGAGCCAGGAAGAAGGUCCAGAGUGGGCCAAAGGAAUGGCCACCCUUGGGGAUGGCUGGAGCCAGAGCCAGGAAGACCGUGCAAAGAGGGCCUGGGAGAUGGUUCCCGUCGGGGAGAGCUGGAGCCAUAGCCAGCAAGAAGAUCAAGAGGUGCUCCGGGGGGUGGUCCCCCUUGGGGAGAGCUGGACCCAGAGUCAGCGAGAAGGUCCAGAGAACCCCCAAGGAAUGGUCACCCUUUGGGGUAGCUGGAGCCAGAGCCGGGAAGAAGGUCCAGGGUGGGCCCAAGGAAUGGUUCCUGUUGGGGAUAGCUGGAGCCACAGCCAAGAAGAAGAUCGAGAGAUGCCCCAGGGGGUGGUACUUCUUAGGGAUAGUUGGAGCCUCAGCCAGGAGGAUGUUCUAGAGAGGCCUCAGGGGAUGGUCUCCUUUGGGGAUAGCUGGAGCCAGAGCCGGAAAGAGGGUUUGGAGAGGCCUCGGGGGGUGGUACUCCUUAAAGAUAACCAGGGCCAGAGCCAGGAAGAAGGUCCAGAGAAUCCUCAGGAGAUGGUUCCCUUUGGGGAUAGUUGGAGUCUCAGCCAGGAAGAAGGGCCAGCAAAGGCCCAGGGGAUGGUCCCCUUUGGGGGUAUCUGGGGCCUCAGCCAGGAAGAAGGUUCGGGGCGAUCCCAAGAGAUGGUUACCUUUGGUGCCAGCAGGAUGAAUAGCUGGGAAGAAGAUCCAGAGAGGCCUCAAGUGAUGGUGCCCCUGGGGGCCAGUAGGGACCACAGCCAGGAAGAAGGUCCAAAAAGACCCCAAGGGAUGGCCCCCCUUGUUGCCAGCAGAAGCAGUAGCCACGAAGAAGAUCCAGAGAGGCCUCAGGAGAUGCUCUCCUUGGGGGCCAGCGGGAACUACAGCCAAGAAGAAGGGCCAAGAAAACCCCAGGGGACAGGGGACAGAAGACGCCAUAGCCAGCAAGAAAGUCCAAAGAGGUACCCCCCGGGGUUUAGGAGGAGCCACAGCCUGGAAGAAGGUCUACAGAGCCCCCAGGCGACCCCCCAGGGGGACAGCUGGAGCUAUGGUGUGAGGGAAAGCCCAAUGAAACAGCAGCCUCAGGGGCAGAAGGCCAAGCAACCAAAAGGGAAAAAAGCUCUGGGUUUCCUGCACCAGGAGAAGUCUGCCUCAGGCUGCGGCCCAGAGAGUUGGGAGUGCCCAUGGUGUAAAGCCAUGAAUUUUUCAUGGCGCAUGGCCUGCUGUAAGUGCAAGGAAGGCUGUGUGGAAGUUGAGAGUGGAGACCCGGACCCAGGACCAACUCACUGAUUUGCGAAAGGUGAGGGCCUGUUUUUGUGUCUCCGAGCCCCACAGAAAUUGUUUGUUGCUGAAGAAGCUGAACCUGUCCCAUUAGAAGAUCUUCUAAGAGUUUAAAGAAAUCACACUUGAUUCCUGCUGACCUGCACCUCAUCGAGACCCCCGUUGGCUGGAGCGGAGAGGAGUGAGAGGAAGUCGGGGAAGAGGAGAUGCUUCGGCGCUCCUUAAGGCGGAAAGGAGGGCAAAAUGAUUUUGUUAGAAUUUAAUUUCUCUGUUGGGACAAGCAAUUAAUUUGGAAGAGUUGGGGGGUGUUGUGGUGUUAAGUUCUAUAAGUGAUAGCAAAUUUGAUAGAUAACAUUUAAUUCAUUACACAAAUCGUUAUUGUCUGGUAUGUGUUAAGAGCUAGACUUAUAUGUUAAUAUCUGGUGCACACAUUAUAACUUGAUUUGAUGAGUUUGGUUAGAUACCAGGAGAGAGCCUAACUUGGGAUACAAAUUACAUGAGGACUUCUUUGCCUUGCAUAGAGCGUGGCUUUCAGGUGAGACAAGUGAGCAGCGGCCAAGAUCAGGAAAGUGGCUUCAUGAAAGUAUGGGCAGGACAUUUCUGAUAACUGUGCUGGUUUCUUCCUUUGAGAGGAACAGCUAUCCUUCUGGUUGCCUGAAAGACGGCUGAGUCACUUAGAGAAAGACAGUGCCUGGGGGAGUGUCGGCUACACACUCAAGCCCUCAGCUUUGGGCCACCGCCAUCCCAAGCCCCUUUCCAGUCAAGAGUGGAUGAAGAACAAAAUGGAUUCCGAGGGCAGGCAUCGUGCCAUGGACGGUGCUUCUCUCAGGAAGGCUAACUGGAUUAAAAAAGAACUGCACCAACAUUUUUGGGAGCGCCCCCGGGCCCCUUCUCUUCCAUUGGCUGUCCGCUCCCCGGGGGUGGGAAGUUCGACGGUCUCCAGUCUGAACAAAAGGUGUUCUUGAGUUCCCCCGGGGAAAUCCCGGCCCACCAAGCUCAAACUCUUGUCAGAGGUUUCUGAUCGUAACAAUAAAGAGCGUGCACUGGCCUGCCGUGUCUCCUGGGUGCUGUGUCUCCUUGGGGCAGA